AUGAAUGUGAACGCUGCACACGUCAUUGAACGAGACUUGUACGUAAACAACGUAAUUUCCGGCUUAAAGUGCGAAAAGGAUUUGCUUGAAUACUUCACAGAGGCAAGACAAUUGAUGUCCACAGCUGGGAUGAAUUUAAGGUCAUGGAUAUCAAAAAGCGCAUGUCUGAGAACAGCCGCGGAAGAAAAAAACGUUCCGAAUACUUGUGACGUCACCAAGGUGCUCGGGCUGAGUUGGGAUCCCAAGUUAGACACAAUAAACUUCGCAGAAAAACAGAUACCAAUUUUAGAAAAAGUUACGAAGAGAACGGUUUUAAAGUUUUCGUCAAAGAUAUAUGGCCCGCUUAAACUGCUGAGUCCAGUUACAGUCCGAACGACAAUUCUCUUACAAGAGAUGUGGAAACUGAAAUAUGACUGGGACACGACUCUUCCGUCCAGUAUACAUGCAACAUGGUCAGAAUUCCCCACAGAUCUCAACACUGUUGUUCGAGAGACGUCACUGAGCCGCCAACUCAUACAAUCUGUUAAAGGAACUGGAAGUGAUGUGAAACCGGAAAUGCACGUUUUCUUAGAUGCAAUUAACAAGUUGUAUGGCGCAGCGGUAUAUAUCUGCAACAGAAACGAGUCAAGAUUGGUGAUAGCGAAAAGCAAAAUUACUCCUGUUAAAACUCUAUCGCUUCCACAGUUAGAAUCGAUGGCUGCUUUGAUCGGAACGAGACUAGCUACCAACAUUCAAUCUUCCCUGCACAUGACGCAUAUCACGUUUCGGUCUGACAGCCAGAUAGUCCUUUAUUGGCUCUCCACGACGAAUACAUUGACAAGAUUUGUAGCCAACAGAGUGUCCGAAAUAAACACGUUGACCAAUACAAACACAUGGAAAUACUUUCCGACACACGACAACCCCGCAGACCUGCUUACACGUGGGGUAUCAGCAAGCAUUUUCAUGAAGAGCAGCAUUUUGCAAACGGGGACCGCGUGGUUCACAGACACGAGGAGGUGGCCUAUAUGGGAGACGGAACCGCUACUUGUCAACACUAGUUUAGAUGAACACGCCGGAACAGAGAAGGUGCCGAGUCACGUGCUACAGACAGAUAUACCUACCGGGUCUCUACUUAACCUUCAGAGCGUUAUCAACAUAUCUGACUACAGUUCCUACCGAAGACUCCUGCGCGUGACAGCUCUUGUACAAAGAUUUGUCUAA